UGUCUUUUAUUAUCAGUCAAAUAAAACAAUAAACAUCUAAUUAAAAACACAAAAAUAACUAUGAAAAAACUACUAGUAAUUAUUGAUUUUUAUUUGAUAAAUAUUAUCAAUGGAUAUUUGUCGAAAUCAUUGGAUUUAAAUUAUUCAAAUCCAAAUAUAUCUGGUGGUAUUAAUCAUGAUUGUUACAGAGAGUGUAAAAAUCACGAUAAAAAAUCAUGUUAUUAUGAAUUUGUUGUCUCACAAGAUACAUCAAUGAGUUAUUCAUGUAAAAAUUGUCCAUUUGUUUUGAGUGAUUGUUAUUUGGAAGGUUGUAUAACUGGUGGUGGACAUGUAAGAACUGUCUCAGUUGUUAAUCAUAUGCUACCAGGACCAAGCAUCCAGGUUUGUGAAGGAGAUGUUGUUAAAGUUAAUGUGAUAAAUAAAUUGCACAGUGAAUCAACGACAAUUCAUUGGCAUGGAAUACAUCAAAAUAAUACAAAUUACAUGGAUGGAGUACCAUUUAUAUCUCAGUGUCCAGUAUUACCAAAUAAUAAAUUUAUUUAUGAGUUUAUUGCUUCACCAAGUGGUACACAUAUGUGGCAUUCUCAUAUUGGAUUUCAAGAAGCUGAUGGAUUACAUGGCAGUUUAAUUGUUAGAAAAUUCAAUGAUUCAUUGAGUAAAUAUUAUGACUAUGAUAUUGCUGAACAUGUCAUGAUAAUAUGGCACUGGUAUGAUACAACAACAGAAUCAAAAUUAUCAACAGCACUUCAUAGAUUUGAUAAUGUUUAUGGAUAUGGUUUUUUAAUAAAUGGAUUAUCAUCACAAGUAUUGUUUAAUAAAAAUAAUCAAACAUUUAAUAUACCAAAAAAAAUAUUUCAUGUUGAUAAAAAUAAAAAAUAUCGUUUUCGAGUUAUUUUUAAUAGUCCAAUUUAUUGUCCAGUUCAAGUGUCAAUUGAUGAUCAUAAAUUACUGGUUAUUGCAUCGGAAACUGGAGAGAUUGAACCAGUUGAAGUUGAUUCUUUUAUGUUAAAUGCUGGUGAACGUUAUGAUUUUGUUCUUAAUGCAAAUAAAAAACCUAAAAAUUAUUGGAUACGAUAUCGAGGACUUGGUGAUUGUUUAAAAAAAAAUAUUAAAGCUUCAGAAGUUGCUGUGCUUCAUUACAAUGAAGUGGAAAAUAAUGAACCAAGUGAAGCGAUUGGCUAUGAAAAUUCAUACAGAUCAGGAGUUCUUUUAAAUCCAGUUAAUAUUUUACAAGAAAAUUAUCAAAAUUGUUCUCUAAUUAAAUUUGUUGAUUUAAAUAAUUCAAAAGAUUUUCAAGAUAACAUAUCAAAAAUUCCAGAUGAUGUAUUUUAUUUUAAAUUUUCAUUCGACACUUAUUAUUCUUAUUUUAUUCCUGGACCAUAUCCAUUAAUAAAUAAUGUUGCAUUUGAUUAUCCAUCAUCACCACUGGCCUCCCAAGCUGAUGAAACACCAGCUGAAAAAAUUUGCCAGAAUGGAAAUUAUACGAAUAAAAAAUGUAUUGAUAAUUUUUGCAAGUGUUUAUCAAUUUACAAUGUGAAAAUUGGAAGUCUUGUUGAGAUGGUAUUUGUUGAUACAAGCAGUGAUCAUGAUCAAGAUCAUCCAAUGCAUAUUCAUGGUCAUGAUUUUUAUGUUGUUUCGAUGGAAACAAUUGGAUCAAAUAUAACUCUUGAUUAUGUUAAACAUUUAAAUCAACAGGGAUUAAUUAAAAAAAAAUUUAAUCGGGCACCAGUUAAAGAUAAUGUAAAUGUUCCAACAAAAGGUUUUCUUGUCAUUAGAUUUAUUGCUAAAAAUCCGGGCUAUUGGAUUGCCCAUUGUCACAUUGCAAAUCAUAUGGAUAUGGGAAUGAAUUUUGUGCUCAAAGUUGGUGAUGAUAAAGAUAUUCCAAAAGUUCCUGGUAAUUUUCCAAAGUGUGGACAUUUUUAUUAAAUUAUGAUAGAUGACCUUGGAAUUAUUGUCAGUUGUUUUCAGUUUUUUUUUUUUUUAUUUAUCGAGGUCAUGGUGUUAUCUAUUGCUAUGAAUGCGGAAUAAAUUUUUUAUUAUUUUAAAAUCCAGUUUAAAGUUGAUAAGAAUAUAUGGAAAAAUACAGAAUGCAUAGCAAAAAUAUAUAUUUUUUAGACUUUGAGAACAUAAAUGAGGACAAAAUAUUAAUAAAAAAACAAACAAAUGAAUUUUUUACUUUUUAUUAUUUUAAAAUAAAGUUUAAAAUUGAUAAGAAUAAGCAGAAAUAUGAAGAAUGCAUUUUACAGGUGCAUAUUUUUAAGACCUUGACUAGAAAAAAUAAAAAAAUUACAAAAACAAAAACAUUAAAUGAAAAAUGCAAUUAAUUUGAGACCUUGAUAUAUUUCAAUAAAUAAAAUUAAAUAAAUAGUUGUUGAUUAAUAUUUAAAUAAAUGAAAUUAAUAUUUAAUAAAUAAUUCAAUUAAUAAUAAAUAAAUAAAUAAAAUAAUAAUUAAUUUUUAAAUAAUUAAUUAAACAAAAAAAAAAAAUCCAACUAAAUUAUUUAAUUAAUUAAAUAAAAAAUAAAACAAAAUAUAUUUUUUGACUUUUUAUCAUUUUAAAAUCCAGUUUUAAAUUGAUAGAAAAAUAUAUUUAAAUAAAAUAAAAAUGUAUGGAGUUUAUUUUCAUGAUUUAAAUAAAUAAAUUGAAUAAAUAAUUGAAUAAAAAAAUAUACAUAAA